GUGAAUGUGUCCAGGAUGUUGUAUUAUCAGUCGAACCUAAUUAUACCUAGUAGUGAAGACAUGGUCAUACAGACCCCUUGGCUGGCUCCCAUUGUGUGGGACGGGACUUUCCAAAUACAAAUCCUGAACCAGCAGUUCUGGCUCCAGGAUGUCUCCAUUGGGUUAGUCGUGUUUGCCACCGGGAAAUACGUAGCCUUCCUAAAAGUGUUUUUGCAGACGGCAGAGACAUACUUCAUGGAGGGACACAAGGUGAAGUACUACAUUUUCACUGACAAGCCAGCUAGUGUCCCACUCUUGAAGCCACAUAAGGGAAGGCAGAUGGUGAUUCUGGAAGCCCAGGGCUCUGCCCACCAACCCAACACUUAUGCAUACAGAAUGAAAACGAUCAGCCAUUUUUCCCAGCAGCGCUUUACAAAGGAGGUGGACUACCUGGUCUAUGCACACGUGAACUUAAUUUUCUGCAACCCUGUGGGAGUGGAGAUCCUGUCCUCCCUGUUUGGCACGCUGCAUCCUCUGUUCUUUGGAUUCCCAAGGAAAUCUUUGAUCUAUGAAAGGCAGCCGCAGUCACAAGCCUACAUUUCUGAGGAUGAGGGGGACUUUUACUAUUCGGGUGCCUUCUUUGGGGGAAAGGUACUGGAGGUUUACAGGCUCACCAACUUCUGUUACCAGGCAGCCAUGAUGGACCAAGCUCAUCACAUCCAGGUCAUGUGGCCCGAGGAAAGCUACUUGAACAAGUAUCUUCUUUACAACAAGCCCACCAAGGUUCUCUCUCCAGAGUACAUGUGGUAUAAGCAACUUCUGGAUAGAUUCCAAGAAAUGAUGAUAAACUGGAACAUACUUGUGAAAAUCAGCAAACACCCCUGGGCCAAUGCUAACGUGGCCCAUGGCAGGACCUUUCGGGCUUCCAACACGUUGCCUGAGAUCGAAACCAAUUUUUACUAG